CACCAAUAAACAAUAAUCCAUACCGGCGCGUCGCCCGCAAACAGGCUGAGACGAGCAGCUGUCUGCCUGUCUGCCCGGCCUGCCCCCCCAGCACCUAGCGACCGACAUACGUCAAGCACUCCACACACGCCGCCGGCCCUGCAGAUCCAGCGGCCAUCUCUCGAGCACGCGAACGAACGAAGCCCAGCCCAGCCCAGCCCAGCCCAGCCCAGCUUCUCCCAAGCAAGACGCUGCUAGCCGCCGGAGCCAGUGCCUAGCCUAGCAAGCAUUGCACGCACCGCAGUACUCCUCCUCCACCGACUAGCGACUGCUCCGACGAUUCUCUGCCACCUUGCUUCAAUGUCGGCCGCCUCACUGCCCUCCGACUACACCAACGAGAUCAGCGCGCUCAGUCGCGAAAUCCUCAAGAACAACCCCACCGACAUCCUCCAGUUCUGCGCCAACUUCUUCCACCGCCGCCUCGAAUCGCAGCGCCACGAGUUCCUGCUAUCGCAACGACAUUCCAGCCAGCCGGGUGUGGCCGAGAGCACCUUUCCCGGCAGCAACCCCUUCGGUACCACGUCAACUGCACCAGGCCAGACAACAGCUGCGGCCGGCAUGCAUUCCGUCGCGGAAGAGGAAGAACACGACUUCCAGUCACCCACCGCCUCCUCAUUCCCACCCAAUGUUCGUGAAAUCUCUCCCAGCGCCACAUCCAACAGCGUCCCCGGCGGCACAUUUGGCAACUUUGCUUUUGGCAGCAGUCCUGCCUCACGCUCCAACCCUCCACCAAACGUGACGGCUGGCGCCAUGGAGCAACCACAGUCUUUUCCAAACAACUACAACAUGAAUCGCCGCACGUCAGUCUCGGCAGAGUCGCUGGCACCAGCCGCUGCCGAUGACAGCAACUGGAAGGCGCCGAGCUAUCCGAAGACCGACGAACAGCUGGCGCGCCUGAAAGACGCCGUUUCCCACAACUUUUUGUUCUCUCACCUCGACGACGAACAGUCCGCACAGGUGCUUGGCGCCCUCCAGGAGAGGAAAGUGCCCGGGAAAGACGUGCGCGUCAUUGCGCAAGGCGACACUGGCGACUACUUCUACGUUGUAGAGUCCGGUAGCUUCGACAUUUACGUUUCCACCACGGGAAAGGUGGAACCCGGCCCUGAAGGCCUUGGAACGAAAGUGGCAGUGUCUGGUCCCGGCACUUCAUUCGGUGAACUGGCCUUGAUGUACAAUGCACCACGUGCUGCUACCGUUGUGAGCAGCCAGCCAAGCAUUCUUUGGCAGCUCGACCGCGUCACCUUCCGACGUAUUCUCAUGGACUCCGCCUUUCAGCGCCGCCGCAUGUAUGAGUCGUUCCUGGAGGAGGUCAAGCUUUUCUCUUCCCUCACGCCAUAUGAGAGAAGCAAGAUCGCCGAUGCCUUGGAAACCACCAAGUAUCCUGCCAACACCGAGAUCAUCCGCGAGGGCGAUGUCGGAGACCGAUUCUACAUCCUCGAGGCAGGCGAGGCAAUUGCUGUCAAGCGCGGUCGCGAGCGCGAGCCAUUGAAGACAUAUAAGAUUGGCGAUUACUUCGGUGAGCUCGCCCUGCUUGACGACAAGCCACGUGCAGCCAGUGUGAUCAGCUCGACUGAGGUCAAGGUGGCUACACUUGGCAAGGAUGGCUUCCAGAGAUUGCUGGGCCCAGUAGAGAGCAUUAUGCGCCGCGAUGACCCGCGCCGCUUGGAAGAGUCGGCAAGAUGAGCAGACAUCGAAUUGGCAUGAUAACUCUCGACCUUGGAUGGCAUAUGAUACAAUGGCGUGAAUGGUGCUCGUCAAGGCGGUCACGAUUGGAAUGAUAUCCCAUGCAUGAAAUUCGCUGUGUGUGCGGCAGAGGCUUUCUUGCUGCUCGGUCGGCACACGUACCAUGAGGACCGGGCUGGAAUGAAUGAAAUGGCUCCCUGUUCUAUGGUUGAGAAGUGGAGGGCCGAAUUGUGGUGGUGGUGGUGGUGGUGGUUCUCAUUUGUUGACCUACCAAAGAAAGAGAGGCAGACAGAAUAGCUUCGUGAAGCUUCAGAUACAUCUAGCAACAACAUGCAGCUGUAAUGGUG